AAAAAACUGAGUUUUUGUUUCCUCUUCUUUUCCAUCGGGCCCAGCAGCCCUCCUCCUGGUCGCCUGGCCCGCGGCGAUGGCGUCGGGCGCGCGGACGCGGUGGUCGGCGCUGGCGGCGAGCGCGCUGAUCCAGUGCUUCGCCGGGAGCUCCUACUGCUUCGGCAUCUACUCCCCGGCGCUCAAAUCCUCGCAGGGCUACGACCAGUCCGCGCUCGACGCCGUCGCCUUCUUCAAGGACGUCGGCGCCAACGUGGGGAUCCUCUCGGGGCUCCUCGCCGCCUGGGCGCCCGGGGGCCUCCGCCGACCCUGGCUCGUACUCCUCGCCGGCGCCGCGCUCUGCGCCGCCGGGUACCUCCCCAUGUGGCUCGCCGUCGCCGGGGUCGCGCCGGCGCCGCUCCCGCUCGUCUGCUUCUACAUGUUUCUGGGGGCGCAGGCGCAGACCUUCCUCAACACAGCCGACGUCGUCACCGCUGUCGAAAACUUCCCUGACCGCCGCGGCACCGUCAUCGGGAUCAUGAAGGGGUUUCUGGGCUUGAGUGGAGCAAUACUGGUCCAAGUACAGCGCACUCUCAGUAUUGAUCCUGGCAGUUUCAUACUUAUGCUGGCAAUAUUACCCACAGCCAUCACGUUGCUGCUCAUGUAUUUUGUCGAUGUCUACAGCGCGCAACGACGGUACAAUAAGAAGUUCCUUGAUGCUUUCUCUCUCAUUGCCGUUACUGUUGCUGGGUACUUAAUGGUUGCCAUAAUCUGUGACCAAGUAUUUGUGAUAAGUUCAGCCGUGCAGAGUGUUUGCUUCCUGGUACUCCUGCUGUUGGUCAUGUCUCCGGUAGCUGUUGCUGUAAAGGCACAGAAGACGGAAUCGAAGCAGCGAGAAGAACUAAGUUUGGGAGAAAGAACUGGAUUACUUAGUGAGGAGACUGCAGAGGAUUCUGAGAAUGCCAGCUCUAGCACUGCACUUGUGGGAUCUGGUCAGGACAUGUCGGCGGACAAAGUAAACCUGAAUGUAGUGCAGGCCAUGUGUGAACUGAACUUCUGGCUGCUCUUCCUCGCGAUGGCUUGCGGGAUGGGAUCGGGGCUAGCCACGGUGAACAACAUCAGCCAGAUUGGGGGAUCCCUUGGCUACACAAGCAGGGAGACCGGCACUCUAGUGUCACUCUGGAGUAUCUGGAACUUCUCAGGAAGGUUUGGAGCAGGCUACAUCUCUGAUCACUUCCUUCGGUCACGAGGAGUUGGGAGGCCUUUCUUCAUAGCUGCAACACUUCUAGUCAUGAGCGCAGGUCACGCCAUCAUCUCCUCAGGCCUCCCCGCAUCACUAUACAUCGGAUCUGUGCUUGUCGGCCUGUGUUAUGGGUCUCAGUGGGCUCUGAUGCCGAGCAUAACGUCGGAGAUAUUCGGGCUGAACCAUUUUGGCACCAUCUUCAACACAGUGGCCGUUGCAAGUCCCAUUGGCUCUUACAUCCUCUCAGUGCGCGUUGUCGGGUACAUCUACGACAAGGAGUCGCCACAAGGUGAGCUUGCCUGCACCGGUAAGCACUGCUUCACGCUCUCCUUCGUGAUCAUGGCAUGUGUCUGCGUCUUUGGGUCUGUUGUGGCGUCGGUAUUGUUCAUCAGAACGAGGAAGUUCUAUAGGCGGAUUAUAUAUGUCAGACUGAUGUCUUUUGUAGAGAAAUGAGAAAGUGUGUGUAUAUAUAUAUAUAUAUAUACAAACGAUGUUAGUUUU